GCCGUGACUGCCACCAACGCACGCACGUGAAAUGCCAACAGCCGCGACCCGGCCCGGCUCUGGUUCGUCACUUCUAGUGUAGAUAAGCGACAGCCUAUCCGUACAUGCUUUUCGUCCAUCCUUGAAACAACAUCUACAAGCCCCCAGCAGAGGUGCAGGUUGUGGAAAUACAUGUGGGCGGCUUGUCCCCGCCAGGAAGAUUGGCAACUGGAAGGCGUGCCGCCUCAGCUGCCAUUCGACGGCCGCCAUCUUCCUUGUCUGCAAAGUCCAAUCGGGCCACGACUCGCGCGGUUGAUCGCCCAAGAUGGCGAGCACUUUGCGACGCCGAGUGCCUGCCGAAAACAAGCCGUCCGAGUCUUACCCACCCACCGACAAUGGCACCGACAAGGCCGGCGGGAAGGCCGAUGACACGACCAAGCCCCUGCAUCACCACCGGCCCAAGACACGCAAACGCAAAACCACGGCCAUCUUCCUGUUGGGCAGUUUGUUUGGGAUCAUAGCCGCGGGCUUCUUCGCAAAAAGCAAUGAUCUAAUAGACUUCCCCGAGAUUGGGGAGCUGAGCAUGGAUAGCCUGUUUGAUGUCCUCCCUGCGGGCCUGGUGAAGGACAUGCGGGAGCUAGUCGUCGGCGAACGAGCCUUCCUCGAGAGCUACGACGCCUUCUCCGUAGGGCUUCAAGUUCGCUCGGAAGGUCUCUCCGCAUACCACCCCAUCGUCAUGGUUCCGGGCGUGAUCUCGACGGGCUUGGAGUCUUGGGGAACUUCCAACGCCUCGCGCCCGUAUUUUCGGAAACGGCUUUGGGGGAGCUGGAGCAUGAUGAGAGCGUUAGUCCUGGACAAGGAGACCUGGAAGACGCACAUCAUGCUCGACAAGAAGACCGGGCUGGACCCGCCGGGGAUUAAGCUGCGCGCUGCUCAAGGCUUUGAUGCUACAGACUUCUUCAUCACGGGAUACUGGAUCUGGAACAAGAUCCUGGAGAACCUGGCGUCCCUGGGCUAUGACCCCAUCAACUCAUACACUGCUGCCUACGACUGGCGGCUUGCUUACCAUAACCUCGAGACCCGGGAUCAUUAUUUCACGAGGUUAAAGUCGCACAUCGAGAUGGCGGUCCUGCUUCAAAACAGGAAGGUUGUUCUCACAUCUCACAGCAUGGGGAGCCAAGUUGUGUUCUAUUUCUUUCACUGGGUCACCUCCAAACGCGGCGGCGGCGGAGGGGCCGACUGGGUGGAGAGGCACAUAGAAUCGUGGAUCAACGUCAGCGGAUGCAUGUUGGGCGCGCUCAAGGAUGUUUCGGCCCUCCUCUCUGGCGAGAUGCGUGACACGGCACAGUUAAACGCCUUCGCAGUUUACGGACUGGAGAAAUUCUUGAGCAAGGCGGAGCGAGCCGAGAUUUUCCGCGCCAUGCCGGGCAUGUCUUCAAUGCUGCCGAUCGGGGGAAGCGCCAUUUGGGGUGAUCUCGACGGAGCGCCGGAUGAUCAGCCCGGCCAGGAACACAGCUACGGCUCAUUCUUGAACUUCCGUGUCUGGCAGAACUGGACGACUCCUGACCGGAACUUCACCGUCGAUGACGCCAUGCGUUACUUGCUCGAUACGGCCGAGGACUGGUACAGGGACCAGGUGACGCGGAGCUACUCCUGGGGCGUCGCGCAGACGACCGCCGAGGUUGAGGCAAACGAAGAUGAUCCGAGAAAGUGGAUCAAUCCGCUGGAAACCCGGCUGCCGCUCGCGCCCAGCCUCAAGAUCUACUGCUUCUACGGUGUCGGCAAGCCAACCGAACGAGGCUACUACUACCGCUCCCCGGAGCCAGGGUCGCCCACCCACCUGAACUUGACGAUCGACACGGGCUUCACGCAGGGGAUGGUCGACCACGGCGUGGUCAUGGGCGAAGGUGAUGGGACGGUAAAUCUGAUGAGCACAGGCUACAUGUGCAACAGAGGGUGGAAGAUCAAGCGGUACAACCCGGCGAACGUCAAGAUCACGGUCGUCGAGAUGCCGCACGAGCCGGAGCGCUUCAACCCUCGAGGCGGACCCAACACGGCAGACCAUGUGGAUAUCCUAGGCAGGCAGAACCUGAACGAGUUCAUUCUGAGGAUCGCGGCUGGUAGGGGGGACACCAUCCAAGAUUCUAUUGUCAGCAAUAUCCGCGAGUACGCUGCACGGGCGAAGGUGUAUGAGGAGGGUAAUGACGGUUGAUGCACGGUGGGCGGCGGGGCGGUCUGCGAGCGAUAUCCAGCGAGGCGUUCUGGGGGUCGGCUCUUUGAUGAAAUGAGGAAUUGUGGGAGCGGGCCAUUAUGACAUAGACUUAGACAUGGGUAGGGACGGGAGGGGUAGUGUAGGAUGAGCUGUAGAUAUAUCCGCAUCUCUCGGUAUAUAGGUAGCUGUGAUAUCCCAUCCAAAUUUGCUGAGACCGGCUUGUCCGUCUGAUCUUCGCCUGAUCAGGGGGCGUUUGAGAGGUCAUCCCGCAGGUCUCUUGGCCACAUUGACCAGGGCCCCUUGUUGCAGAGAAAAUACGGUGUGCAAGAAGGUGAAAGAAAUAAGCAACAUGAGGAGAAAAAGAGAA